AUGUCAAGUAAAAACAUUAGUCGUGAACUGAUAAAAAAAGCAGCACGUCUUUUGAAAGGAAAAAAACUUACGAAUGAACAACAAGCGGCGUAUAGACUGCAUGCUCAAAAACGUGUUAAAUACAAACGUUUGAAAAUUCAUGUAACUAGACGUAAUCAACAAUGGAGUAUUGAUUUAGCUGAUUUAAAUAAUUUGUCAAGAUAUAAUAAUCAAUAUCGUUACAUGCUUGUGUGUAUUGAUGUAUAUUCACGUUAUGGGAUGGUAAAAUUAUUAAAGACUAAAUCUGCUCGAAAUGUAGCGAAUAAAUUCGAGGAACUUCUUCGAGAGUAUGGCGUACCAGAAAAAGUGCAAAGUGAUGAGGGUACUGAAUUUUCUAUAAUUAAACGAGAUCUUGCCCCACGUUAUGGAUUUCAAUUAUUCUCUACGUUUAAUCGCGAAACCAAAGCGGUUCAUGCCGAACGCUUUAUUCGAACAUUUAAAGAAAUGGUAUUGCGUUCUUUGACAACAUUGAAUUUAAAAUAUCGCUACGUUGAUUAUCUCCCCAUCGUCGUCGAACGUUACAACGAGUCGCCUCAUGCGGGUAUCUUUAACGCGACACCGCAUGAUAUCUAUAUUCGGGGUAAAUCCCUUAAUAGCCGUAAGCUUUUAAAACGUAUGCUAAACAAAUCACAACCCACGCGUAAUUUACUUCACGAAGGCGAUCGUGUUCGUUUGUCGCGUGUAAAAAAUAAUAUUUUUGAAAAAUCUAGUUUACAACGUUGGGUUCGUGAAAAAUUUAUAGUACACAAAGUUUUAAUCACCGAUCCAGUUACGUACGAGCUGCGUGAUGAGAAAGGUGAAAAAAUAAAGGGUAUUUUUUAUCGUGAAGAAUUACAAAAAAUAUGA